UGGUGGCUCGCCUUGUUCUUUAAUGGCUGUGACUUCAAACUCUACAUGUGUGCCCUUUAGCUGCCUGCAUAAGCCUCUUAUUAUUCCUUUGAAAAGUAAUUGAGAGAAAUGCCACUUCCCCUUUCAUAGUGAAAACAUUGUACUCGGACGGGGCAGGAGCUUGCCAAGAACAGCAGUCUGUCUGCUAGUUUCCUGCCCAGAAGGCAGCGCCGGAGCAGAGCCUUAAAGGACCUUCCCUCCAUCAUCACCUGGGUCUCAUCUGAUCCUUCUAGCAGUGGGAUAGUAUGACUCCGAACACCGAGGAAGUCAGAAGAUGGCUGAACCAUCUCCACAAGGGCAGAUGUUAACACAGAAUUUCCACUCUCUGGCAUGCCAGCCUUGCUCGCUGUUUAGAAAUAUGAAGUUCCAGAGAAGAGAUCUUUAGGAUCCUCAUCUGUUUUCUGCGCCAGCCAGAAGAAGCGCAGAGACAAAUGAAACGGGUGAAAUGGAAAAGCAGCAGCUCUCUGUGGAUGACGACCUGUUACCUAUUUAUUAUGUUCACUCUACGGUAGAAGAAAAAACAUUUUCUAGAGCGUGGCAGGGACAUGAAGCCCCUGUACCUUCAACGCACUUUAAUCACUUUCCAUCAUUUAAUGAGAACUGCUUGCCCCCAGGUCCGUCCAGAACUGAGAGGACUGUAUUAAAUGAAUAUGAUCAUGAAGGGCAUAAGGAAGUCAAAAGUGUUGGUUUCACUCCAGGUACGAAUGUUGAGGACUGUUGUGCAAGCAGUGCCUAUUCCGGGGUCCAGAGGGUCUCUGAUUUUCAUCACUCUCCUAAAGCCACCAAUACGAGGACCCAGGUCGGUAGCACGUCAAAGACCACCUCUCCUCAGGAUGUUUUCUUAGCCAGUUUACUUCAGGUUCAGCUUUGUGUCAUGGAUCUCCAGGAUCAGAUUGAUAUUACAGAGACCAAUCAGAAAGCCAAGGAAAUGGGGCUUAGGAUGAACAUGCCUAUGGGGCCAAAUAUGAGCUCAGCUUCCACUCUGGGGCCUGAAAGGAGUCAAUCCUGCAUUGAAGAGCUUGUAAGGGAUCCAGAACCUCAGUGUGUGGAUGAGGACCAAGAGAGCGAUGAUACUGCUUACUCCGAAUUGGAAGUAGAAGACGAGCGCUUGUUUUGCGAUAACCCUUUAUUUAAGAACUCAAAAGUGCCGCAUAAUGUGGACUAUAAUGUACAGAAUUCCGUUACUGAACUGACCAGCCAACAGGAAUCAACUUCCAUGGACAAUAUAGUGAAUGAGGGAAGCCAGCUGCUAAAACUAAAUGCAUGGGAUAGUAAAGACUUUGGUACGGGAAUGGCUGUAUGGCAACCAAUAAUACGGGAGGAAUCUCUGGAGGAACUCCAGAUAUAUGAAGAGUGGGAGGAGAAAAUGUUCAUGCGCUGCAGUACAAGGACCACUAGGUGGCCUGUUUCAGACAAUUUGCCUUCUACACAGGAGAAUACCCUGAGCCCAGAAGAACCUCCAACUCAAACAGCCAUGAUCAACUCUCUCCAUUAUAUGCCUGUUUCCCCUCCUUGCAAAGAAGCACGUGUGGAUGAUGCGGGUUUGUUGUUUUCUGAUUCAAGCUACUGGACAAAAUAUUUAUUACCAGAUGAAGAAUCUGAGCACCAACUUCCAGCUCCGCCAACUUCUUGUAACCAGGAAUCCACUUUUCCACCUAGGGGGAAGCCCAGAGAAGAGAUCCUCUUUCACCCAUGCAAGGGUAAAGGUAUUUCACCACCUUUGGUGGAGGCCAGAGAAGGGAUCCUGCUUGACCUAUGGGAGGGUAAAGGCACUCUACCACCUCAAGGGUUGGUGGUAGAGUGCCAAGAAAACCUGCUUGACCUAUUCCAAGGUGAAGUUCAUAUUCCAGCACCUCAGGAGUUGCCCAGAGAAGAGAUCCUGCUUAACCAAUGCAAGGGUGAAAGCACCUCACCACCACAGGAGAAGCCCAGAGAGCAGAUCUUGCUUGACCUAUGCCAGGAUAAAGGCACUCCACCACCUCAGGAGUUGCUCAGAGAAGAGAUCCUGCUUCACAUGUGUCAGGGUGAAGGCAUUCCACCACCUCGGGAGCUGCCCAAAGAAGAGAUCCUGCAUAACAAGGGUGAAAGCGCUCCACCACCUUGGAAUCUGCCCAGAGAAGAGAUCCUGCUUGAUCUAUGCCAGGGUGAAGGCACUCCACCACUUCAGGAGCUGCCCAGAGAAGGGAUCCUGCUUGAUCUAUGCCAGGGUGCAGGCACUCCACCACUUCAGGAGAUGCCCAGAGAAGGGAUCCUGCUUGACCUAUGCCAGGGUCAAGGCACACAUACUGUGUGCCAGGGUUGUCAGGGCAAGGAGCAUGGAAGUAAAGUAAUACCAUCAGAGACUGCAAAUGAGGCAUUACAUUGUAAACAGCAGCAAGAUACUCCAGUGAUUGUCAUAGAGCAUUUAGAUGACGUGUCCACAGAUUUAGAGACUUCUGGCUCUGAGGAGGUUACCUAUGUGGAAGCUGUGGCCAAUGCUCAGGAUGUGGAGGCGGCUCGGUGUUUGGCAGUGAAGCUCUUCCACCUGGAUGGCUUUGACAGAUCUCAGGUUGCUCCUUACCUUCAGAAAAACAAUGAUUUUAGUGCCAUGGUGGCUGAGGAGUAUCUUUCUCUCUUUGAAUUUAAAGGGAAGACCCUGGAUGAAGCCCUCAGAUGUCUUCUGCAUGAGUUGGUAUUGACUGGGGAGACUCAGGAACGAGAGCGAGUGCUGUACCAUUUCUCCAAACGCUUCCAUAGCUGCAACCCCAAGGAGUACAAUUCUGCUGAUUCGGUUCACACGCUUACCUGCGCCCUCAUGCUGCUUAAUUCAGACCUGCACGGGCAGAACAUUGGAAAGAGCAUGACAGCACAGGAUUUCAUUACUAACCUCGAGGGCAUGAACGAUGGCGGCAGUUUUCCACGGGAGCUCCUGAAGGGUCUGUACCACUCCAUCCGUGUAGACAAGCUGGCAUGGGCCAUGAGUGAAGAGAAACAAACGAAUGUCCUUGUUGCAAAAUCAGAAAAUCUUUUGUCUGUUCGCAAAAAAAGCAAUCCUUUUGUGGACCUGCCAGCCCCAGACCCCCAGGCCCCAGUCUUCAAACAGGGGAUGCUCUGCCGCAAAGUACAUGCAGAUAUCGAUGGCAAAAAGACUCCAUGGGGAAAGAGACGUUGGAAGACCUUCCACACUGUGCUGAAGGGGAUGCUGCUCCUCUUUCUAAAGGAUGAGUACAGGGCCGACUUCCAGUUUCCUGAGGAGGUGAUCAGCAUCCAUCAUGCUCUAGCUGAGAGAGCCAAUGACUACACAAAGAGACCCAAUGUCUUCCGUCUGCAGACUGCUGAUUGGCGGAUAUUUCUCUUCCAGGCUCAGACACCAGAAGAGAUGAUUUCCUGGAUUCUACGGAUUAAUUUAGUUGCAGCCAUGCAUUCUUCACCACCCUUUGCAGCGGCGGUGGGCUCUCAGAGGAAAUUUUAUAGACCAUUUCUCCCCUCAGCCCAGACCAAGCUUGAUCUGGAAGAACAACUUCAGUCCCAUGAGUCUUUGAUGGACAGAUUUACAGAUGACCUGACUGAUCAUCAGCGAAAUCUUCCAGACCCAAAGAGUAAAAGUCGAGAAUCGGAGGACUACCAUUUGCGGGAGGAGUAUUUACGCUACGAGAAACUAAGGUACGAAACUUACGUGAAGCUCCUCGUAGUGCGUUUGGAAAGCGGCUCUGAAGAUCUCCAGACUUUUGAGUCUCGGCUGACAGAACCUGAUGGUGGUCAAGGAGAGACCACUGGUUUAAAGAGAUCCUACUCAAGUCCUUCUCUUAUCCCGGAGAGCUCCCCCGUGGUAGUGAAAGUGAAACGCAACAUCUCAGAACGGCGCACGUACAGGAGGAUUAUCCCUAAACGCAAUAAAAAUCUUGUGUGAGAAGAGGACUCCUGUUACCUGGCAGAACUGAGCAAUUUUUCAUGGUACUUCCUGGGUGCAGUGUAAUUGGGACCAUCGGGUGCCUUAUUUUUUGUUGCUUUUUCUGAACUUGGGGGAGACCACCAGAGAGAGGACUGUAUGGAUGGUCUCUCCUUAUUUCAAAGGGAUUCAAAAUUCCUUUAAUAAAUGAACAGAACCCUAUGGGAUUCUGGUCCUAUACUCAUAGGUUUAAAAUAAGGAACAGUGUUCCUUGGUUACUUAGAAAGUAUGGAGUAUAGAUGAGGUUAUUCUUGUGAUUCUUUGUCAUUUAGGAAUAUGCAGGCUACAAAAUGUUACAUAGGUCAGCAUAUCUUGUUUAUUGACAUUGCUUUUCCUAUAUAUCUAAAAGCUGUUUUCAUCUCUUGCUGUUAUCCUGCAGUUUUUAUCUUUGCCUCUAGCUGGCACUCUUGCACUGUUUUAAGCAGCCGUAGACUCUCGGUCUAUAAAUUGUGUCUUUCCUCUGACCUGUAUUUGAAGGAUGUCAUAUUCUUCAUAACGAGUCUUAAUUCAGGUUUGUUUCUCAGUCACAUCCUCCAAAAAUUCCAGUGGCAUAUAACAAUACAUUAGGCAUCUUUAAAGGAUUUCUUAAUAUCCUUUGUCGUGUUAAUGUUCAGUAAAAUGAGAACAAGGCAAUUAUGAACUAGUGGCUGAGAUCUGUUCAUAUGGCGGUCCUUAUCAUCCAGUGGCAUACUGACCUGUAACACAACAUGCAUCUGAAAGGACAUAUUUAUAAUGGAGAAACAUUAGCAGAUAUUGCUUUUUCCAUUUUUAUGUUUGGCAGGAAAGCCUUCCCCUUUAGAAUUUUUAGAGAAUCCACAAAGCCCAGUGUUAAUGGUAACUGUGAUGAGAAGUCAAGCAUAGCCUGUCACUGCUGUUCUGGAUUGGUGGCUAAAAUCUGCCCACGUAGUUGCUCUUUAUAUCUGGGGAAAGUAAAACAAUUACAAGGAAUUGAUGCUGAUAGAAAGUAAAAUUGCUGUAUAAUUAAAGAUAGAAAAGAGAGGCUUUGUGAGUUCACAGUGAGGUUCCAUUAAUAGUUAGCGAUGGGCUUCAUUUAACGUUCAUGGACUGCUCAGGCUUGACCUCACAGUGCGGCUUCAUGUUUUUUUAAUCUGGUACAGUAAAAUUGUGAACUUGUAAAUAGUAUUUAUUAAAGGAGACAAUAUGGAGGCUGCCCUUACUAACAUCUCCUGGAAAUGC